AUGUCAUCGAUAAAGGAUCUAGAGAAGGCCUCUGUCGCCGAUGGAUCUAUUACUGAGGUCAAAGUAGAUGCACGGGCAGCCAGCAAGGACAAAGCUCGCCAGCUGCUUCUUAAUCACAAUGUUAACUUCGAGCCAAACUCCGUGGAGGCCAAGCGGGUCUUGCGAAAGAUCGAUAUGAGAAUUAUGCCCAUGUGUUUUUGCGUAUACCUUCUUAUGUUACUGGAUAAAAGUGGUCUUUCUUUCGCUGGGAUUAUGGGGCUCAGGCAAGAGACUGGUCUCAAUACCUUCCAAUUCUCCUGGCUCGGGUCGAUCGUUUACUUCGGAUACCUCGCUGGCGAGCUCCCCGGCAGCUAUAUGAUGCAACGCCUAUCACUUUGCAAAUACUUUUCAAUCAUGUGUAUGCUUUGGGGAAUCGUCGUUCUGAUGCAUGCCGUGUGCAACAACUUCGCAACCUUUUUAGUCGUCCGCUUCUUGCUAGGAUUCGCCGAGGUUUGUACGGCACCCGCUGUCAUCAUCAUCCUGGGAUCCUGGUAUACCAAAACCGAGCAAGUCCUGCGAGUAGCCCUUUGGUACACCACUUCUGGAUUCUCUAAUAUCUUUGGGGGCUUCUUCGCUUGGUGUAUUUUCCAAGCUAAUAGCUUCAGAUGGCAAGCCUUGUUCCUGUUUUAUGGGUCUCUCACCUUUAUCACCGGCGUAGUUCUUUACUUCUUUUUGGCAGUCUCGCCUACGGAGGCGAAGUGGCUUACGGAUGACGAGAAGGUUAUUGCCCUCGAAAGAGUCCGAUCUAACAAGACAGGCACUGAGGUCUGGCGUUUCAACUGGUCCCAGCUGAAGGAAACCUUUCUCGACCCUCGUUUGUACAUCAUUUUCCUGCUCUUAGCAUCUACCGGAUUGCCUAAUGGAGGCCUUACUGUCUUUGGACCGGAAAUCAUUGGACAAUUUGGUUUUGAUACUGAGCAAACUACACUUUUGAGCAUGGUUCCUGGAUUUGCGACUGUUAUUGGGACUGGUGUUGCUUUGGUCGUGGCGAAGUAUACAAAUCGAACUAUUGCAGGCAUCUGGACUGUGGCCCUGGCUUGCAUUGGUGUCAUCAUGAUGUUUACUAUCCCCAAAAGUAACCCUGCUGGUCGUUACGGUGGAUACAUUAUCACCUUACAGUUUCCAAUCGCUGUCCUUUUCAUCGUUACAUUUAUGACCGCCGGUGUUAGUGGUUCGACGAAAAAGGUUGCCUUCGGCGCCUCCUAUCAGCUUGGUUUUACUUUCGGCAGCAUUGUCGGACCUUUGACAUACACAGAAAAAGAUGGACCUGAGUAUUUGAUCGCCAAAUACACCAUGCUUGUGUCUUUGCUUAUUGCUAUCGGUCUACUGGCUUCUUUGGGACUGAUACAUAAGCGCUGGAAUGACCAAAGGGACAAGCAGGAUGCACUAGAUGCGCAAAAUGGCGUUAUGCACGAGGUCAUCGAGAACGAAGAGUUUGCAGACUUGACCGACUUUCAAAUGAGGUCCUUCCGGUAUCCACUUUAA